UCACACAAAUUCAUUCCGUAUUCCAGUGGGAGAAACAACCCUAGGAAAAAAGAUCAGAAAACCAUCAAAUCAAUAAUCAGCCAAUCAUACCUCCAUUGACCCGACCCAAGAUGCUGAGAUUAGCUGGGAGGAGGCUGUCGUCUCUCUCGUGGCAGUCUGGCCACGCUUCGUCGGCCGCAUUCGCCUCCAGAAACCCAUUCGCCGCCGUUGAUCCAUCCUCAGAUGGACGCACCGUAUCCAUCUCUUCAUCCGCUCACUCAUUCUCCUUCAUCCCCGAUCAAAUCCGAGGGUUUUCCUCCGAAGCUCUGGCUCAAGCACAGGGAAUCGACCUGAUUCCAGGUAUCCCGGCCACAGUUACAGCAAUCAAGAAUCCCACUUCAAAGAUCACAUACGACGAGCACAACCACGAGCGGUACCCUCCAGGCGACCCGAGCAAACGUGCAUUUGCCUACUUCGUUCUGACAGGUGGCAGAUUUGUCUACGCAUCAUUGGCCCGUCUCCUAGUACUCAAGUUUGUUCUGAGCAUGUCUGCCAGUAAAGACGUUCUUGCCCUCGCCUCCCUCGAGGUGGAUCUUUCCAGCAUCGAACCUGGGACAACUGUGACCGUGAAGUGGCGUGGGAAGCCGGUUUUCAUCAGGCGUAGAACCGAAGAUGACAUCAAAUUGGCCAAUAGCGUCGAUGUUGCUUCUCUUCGCGACCCUCAAGAAGAUGCUGUGAGGGUUAAAAAUCCAGAGUGGCUUGUGGUUGUUGGGGUUUGCACGCACCUGGGGUGUAUUCCUUUGCCGAAUGCCGGUGAUUUUGGUGGUUGGUUUUGCCCGUGCCAUGGGUCCCACUACGACAUUUCCGGAAGGAUCCGUAAAGGGCCUGCUCCGUUUAACCUGGAGGUUCCCACUUACACCUUCUUGGAGGAGAACAAGUUGAUGAUUGGUUGAGUAAGUUUAAUUUGUUAGGGAUUUUCUUUUUUUCAUACGUCAUCAAAUCAUGAGGAAGCCAGAAGAACUCUUUCGAGUUUUCAAGAUUUUUCGUUGAUUUUUUGUAAUUUGUAAUUCUUUUUGUGCUUUGAGGCCUUUUCCUUUUGAUGCUUCAUUAAACUUGGAAGAGCCCAGCAGUAAUUCUGAAGGGGGCUCUUUAUUAUUCUUGAAUAAUGCCUGGCUACUUGUUCUUUCUUUUCC